GCCCGCCUCCCGGCCCUUGGCAACGGCGCCUCCCGCCCUGUCCCUGGGUUGGGAAAACGGCGGCCAAGCAGGUGUGGGGUGGCUCUUCCCUCCGCCCAAAGCCCCCUGAAACCGAAUGGAGCCGGGAGAAGGAGGAGGAGGAGGAGAGGGCGCGGCCUGAGGCGCUCGUGGGAGGGCGAGCGCGCGGCCGCCAUGCAAAGAGGUCGGCUUCGGGCGCGAGGCAGUUCCUGAGCGCGGAGAAGGCCAGGCCUCCCUUUGGGUCCUGUCAGACGACUCCAAGGCUAAACGGUCAAAUGGUUUUCUGGGCCCAAGAACAUGUGACUUCUCUAGAAUUAUCCAAGUUGUUAUUGUGGAAUUUUACUUCAAGAAUGGAAUUCUGUGAAGAUGGGAAAUAAUUUUUGUCACAAAUAUUGUUCCAUUUCCUUCUGUGGAGGCUGUUAGCUUCAGAAUUCAGCUGUGACUUUUUUGACCACUGAUAGAAUAAGAUACCCUCUGGCAUGGAGCUGGAGGUAAAUGAACAACCUGUUGUUAUGAGAGACGACAACAAACGGAGGAGAAGGAGGAUGAAGCCAUACUGUACAGCCAGCAGUUUGUCUGCAUCAGAACUGAUAACCAUUGAAUUUGUUCUACCCACAAGCAACAUGUUAAUAGAUAUAGCCAGCAACUGUACAGUAGAACAGAUGAAAGCACAAAUUUGGAUGCGGGCAAUAGAGCGGAAUCAAAACUCUGACUACUACCAUACAUUCACACCUGAUCAAUUUGUUCUUCAAUACCAAAAGAAGGGUCAGUGGUAUGAAAUUUAUGACAAACAUCAGAUAAUACAGACACUAGACUGCAUAUUGUAUUGGAAAGUGUUGCAAAAGAAAGUUGGCAAAAUUCACGUGAUUCAAAAGCAAAAGCCCACAAAGGAAGUUCAGGAGUUUCAAAAGCAACUCAAUUAUUUGAUUGGCUAUGAUGUUACUGAUAUAAGUAACGUACAUGAUGAUGAACUGGAAUUUGCUCGCCGCAGAUUAGUCACUCCACGGACAAUUGAAGUAUCCUGCAGAGAUCCAAAAUUAUAUUCAUUGCACCCUUGGACUACAUCCAAACCACUUCCAGAUUAUAUGCUUAGUAGGAUUGUCAAUAAUAGCAUUUUCAUAAACAUCCAUAGAGGAACAACUAGUCAGAAGAUUAAAGUGGCCAUUGACGACACUCCAGAUACAAUCCUUCAGAGCUUUUUCACAAAAAUGGCAAAGAAAAAAUCUUUAAUGAAUAUUCCUGAAGAUCACAAUGAGCUGGACUUUGUCCUUAGAGUAAGUGGCAGAGAUGAAUAUAUUGUAGGUGAGACACCAAUUAGAAAUUUCCAUUGGAUAAGACAUUGUCUGAAAAAUGGGGACGAAAUUCACCUUGUCCUGGAUGACCCCCCUGACCCAAACCAGGAUGAAGUGCAGAAAGAGGAAUGGCCCUUGGUGGAUGACUGCACCGGAGUCUCAGGAUAUCACGAACAGUUGACAAUAGAUGGCAAAGAUCAUGAGCGGGUAUUCACUAUAUCAUUGUGGGACUGCAAUAGGAAAUUCCGUGUCAAGAUAAUUGGCAUUGAUAUCCCUGUGCUACCAAGAAACACAGACCUUACUGUAUUUGUUGAAGCGAAUAUUCAACAUGGGCAGCAGCUGCUUUCACAGAAAAGAACUACUGCUAAGCCAUUUACUGAAGAAGUCCUGUGGAAUAUCUGGCUUGAGUUUGAUAUCAAGAUUAAAGAUUUGCCUAAAGGUGCAUUACUAACUCUGCAGGUAUAUUGUGGCAAAGCACCAGCAUCAUCCACUAAGGCUAAUCUUCAGCCACAUGAUUCUCCCAGUCCUGAUUCUAAGUGUAAAACCCAGCUACUUUAUUAUGUCAAUAUUUUACUAAUAGACCACCGCUCCCUUCUUCGGACUGGGGAUUAUGUUCUCCAUAUGUGGAAAAUUUCGGGCAAAGGGGAAGAGCAGGGAAGCAUAAAUGCUGAUAAGCUUACCUCAGCCACUAAUCCAGAUAAAGAGAACUCAAUGGCUAUCUCAAUUGUUCUGGACAAGUAUUGCCACCCAGUUGCUUUGCCCAAACACAAAAUAGCAGCUGAUCUGCAAGGAGACCGGGCCAGAGCUGAAAUGCCCAACCAACUGCGCAAACAGCUUGAAGAGAUCAUAGCCACAGACCUGCUUAAUCCACUUACCCCUGAAGACAAAGAAUUACUGUGGCAUUUCAGAUAUGAAAGCAUAAAGCAUCCAAAGGCAUAUCCUAAGCUGCUUAGCUCAGUGAAAUGGGGACAACAAGAAGUAGUAACAGAAACAUAUCAAUUAUUAGCUAAAAGAGAUGCGUGGGACCUCAGCACUUUAGAUGUUGGAUUACCAAUGCAACUUUUAGAUUGUAAUUUUUCUGAUGAAAAUGUGAGAGCCAUGGCAGUGCAAAAACUAGAAAGUUUAGAUGAUGAUGAUGUUCUUCAUUAUCUCUUGCAACUAGUUCAGGCUGUGAAAUUUGAGCCUUAUCAUGACAGUGCAUUGGCCCGAUUCCUUCUAAAAAGAGGCUUAAGAAACAAAAGAAUUGGACACUUUUUGUUCUGGUUUUUAAGAAGUGAGAUUGCACAGUCCAUGCACUAUCAGCAGAGAUUUGCUGUGAUCCUAGAAGCUCAUUUGAGAGGUUGUGGGAAAGCGAUGCUGCAAGACUUCCUGAGGCAGGUUCAAGUAAUUGAACUGUUGCAAAAAGUGACAAUGGAGAUAAAGUCACUUUCUGCUGAAAAGUAUGAUGUCACUCCUCAAGUAAUUACACAGCUCAAACAAAAGCUUGAGAAACUGCAGGAUUGCAAGUUUCCUGAAUGCUUCAGAGUCCCAUAUGACCCGGGACUGAAGGCAGGAGCAUUGGUGAUAGAAAAAUGUAAAGUAAUGGCAUCCAAGAAAAAACCUCUUUGGCUAGAAUUCAAAUGUGCAGAUCCUACAUCACUAUCCAAUGAAACUAUUGGCAUAAUCUUCAAACAUGGAGAUGAUCUGCGGCAGGACAUGCUUAUUUUACAGAUACUUCGGAUAAUGGAGUCCAUCUGGGAAGAAGAAUCCUUAGAUUUGUGUCUGUUGCCAUAUGGCUGCAUUUCUACAGGGAAUAAAAUAGGAAUGAUUGAAAUUGUAAAAGAUGCUACGACAAUUGCCAAAAUCCAGCAAAGCACGGUUGGAAACACUGGUGCAUUUAAGGAUGAAAUAUUAAACCAGUGGCUCAAGGAGAAAUGUGUAAUUGAAGAAAAGUUUCAGACAGCAGUGGAAAGAUUUGUGUACUCUUGUGCUGGUUACUGUGUGGCAACCUUUGUACUUGGAAUAGGAGACAGACAUAAUGACAAUAUUAUGAUUACAGAAGCAGGUAAUCUGUUUCACAUUGACUUUGGCCAUAUUCUUGGAAAUUACAAAAGCUUCCUUGGAAUCAAUAAAGAACGGGUUCCUUUUGUGUUGACGCCAGAUUUUCUUUUUGUGAUGGGAACCUCUGGGAAGAAAACCAGUCCACGCUUUCAAAAUUUUCAGGAUAUCUGUGUGAGGGCUUACCUUGCACUUCGGAAGCACACAAACCUCCUCAUCAUCCUGUUUUCUAUGAUGCUAAUGACUGGCAUGCCUCAGCUGACUAGCAAGGAAGACAUUGAAUAUAUCCGUGAUGCUCUAACUGUUGGCAAAAAUGAAGAAGAUGCUAAAAAGUAUUUCCUAGAUCAGAUUGAAGUAUGUAGGGAUAAAGGCUGGACGGUGCAGUUCAAUUGGUUCAUUCAUCUUGUGCUGGGAAUUAAACAAGGAGUAGAAAAACACUCUGCCUAAUGAGGAUGUAUACAAAUAACUAGUGGGUAAUCCUUUGCUUCUUCUAAUGGUUUCAACAGGAAUGGUUUAAAAUGUGUUUAUGGAGUCUUCCUCCUGUGAAGCCACAACUUUACAAAAAAAACCUUCUUAUGGAGAAUGCAGAAGAGUACAAUGUUUAACAAGAAGAUGAGAGCUUUACUGAGGUAGUUUUUCUCUCUCUUCCAGUGCCACGAAUAAUAAUUUAAUAAAUUAUUGAUAGAAUUUAGAUGACAGCACUGAAGUAGAAGCACCGUGUUUGUUCCCACUUUGUUAAAGAAAAUAAUAUAGGUGCUUAAAAGAAGGCAGAAAGCGCUCUUGAAAACUAUUGGGCAUUGAGAAUACUUUAAAGCAAUAUUUUUCUAUUUCACCUUAAUCCAUUUAAUUCUUUUAAGGUCUUUUAAGGUUUUAAGUUGUAAAUUGUUCCCUUUAUUGUAGCUUUAACAUGUUUUUUCUGUUUGUAAAACUGGCAAAACAUUCUUUCCGUGUUGCAGAGAACAUGUUCUAGCUAUGCCAUUGUAAAUGACAAAAUCGUAUGUAAUGUUGAAUUGUAUGUUACUUGCAGUUUGGGCAUAGCUAAUUAAUCUCUCUAGAAGUUAAAGUACAUAGGCCAUGCUGAUGGCAAGUGGUUCAGAUGAAGGAGCAUAUUGUAAGAGCCAGUUUACAUCUAGGGCAAAAUGAAAUCACUCGGAUAUAAGUAGACACUAGUGGCAGCAAUCAUAUGUGGAAUAUCACUUUGUGUCUCCUCUGCUGCUGCAUAUGCAAAAAUAGUGAUGAGAAGCUCUGUACAACUAUUUCCGCACCUCUAAUAGAAAAAAAAUACUUUUGGGAAAUACUCAAUGAACUAUAUUUCAAAGGUUUCAAUAUUUUUUCUGAAUUUAUUAUUUAAAAGGAGGAGUAUUUUUCAUUUCAUCAUGGGAAAUACAAAAAUUACAUGGCAAGUUCAAUGAAAUAGUACUCAGCUUUUAAAAGCUUGACAGUAAUGGUACUGUUUUAUAAAGAAGUGCUAUGUAAGAGCUCCUGUUUUUUAAGCAAAUGUUUGAAAAUCGUUAAUAGUUAUAGAUUUCCUCUGUGCCAGUUUUCUAAGUUUUCAAAUACACACCAGUGCCAUAAUCUAGAAAACUACUUUGGUUAGGCCCAAAAGAUGCAUGUAUAUUCGUGUAACCUUUGAUUAAGCAUCUCCCACCGUUAUUUGAACAUUCUUUUACAUUCUCCUGAUUUGCAAAAGGACCCUGCUUUGCAGUUGGUAAAGUUGUACAUAUGUAUCUGAUUGUAUCAUUUUCUAGUUUGGCAAAAAAUCAAGAAACUCUCUACAUUUUUAUGAUGGUUGGUUUUAUCUUUUUUAUUUUUACUAUUUUAAAAACAGAAUAAUUUAUUUUUUAAAAAUGGAACAAGUAUUAACUAUACUUGGUAUAUUAACUAUAUUAAUCUUCAUUGGGAAGUUAUAAUUGAAUGUUCAACCAUGAAAUCAUUGCUGAUAGUACCAGUUUUGUCUGCAAUAACCUUAAUUCCGUGGCAAGGCCCAGCUAGAGAAUACCCACUAAAUUAAUGAGAAUUUGAUAAAUCAACACUUACAUAACCUCUGUUGAUUCAAAAGGUGUUUUCCAAUUGGUUUUAGCAAUUGGAUUUAGGCCUUGAAUGUUAAUGCUUAUAUUGGACAUCUCUGUAAAUACCUCAAAAAACAAACACAAAUUGCAUGUUCAGGAGCAAGAACUGUUUUGCACAGACGAGACAGACAAAAUUAAUUGGAAGAACUAGGUCACAGCUUUAGUUAUCGCUGAUAGGGUUGGCACAUGCAUGAAUCUGAAUUGGCAUCAACCUACCCACCACAUAUCUACCCCGAUACAUUUGGAUGGCCUGAGAUGGUCCAGCCGUGCAUCUCUCCAGUGUGGUUUUGCCACCACCAGAGGAUAUAGGGAAAGCUUAUAUUCCCCAGCUGGACAGAACCAGCCCCAUGCCCCACAGUCCCAAGCUCCUUAAAUAGACCCCCAUACGAUUGACAUAUGUAGAUGAAUCUUGGGUCUCUAAAGAUGUGACCGUGUACCCCUACACACACAUAUAACAAUAGUCUUAAGGGAGGAAGGGUGGAACAAAGCUUGGACUGAAUUGGCUCUCACAAGGCUUGGGCUUUUAAAUGUAUGCCCAGUUAUCCAACUGGAGUGAAAACUUCCCCUCUGGGUCACUCUGGCUAGGUAAGAAGAACCUGCCAAGCUAAUUGAAAUUGAGCAGUUUCAAAUUUAUUGGCUGGCACACUGAAAAAUUCAAUUGAGGGCUUCUUAGGCAGCAGAGCCUCUUGGCUAGGAGGCCCUGGACCCAGCUUGACAGCCACAUUCUAUGCUAGCCCCUAACCACAAUCUGGGCAUUGUGUUUGUUGAAAGUUAUGCCUACAUACUUCUCCUUUUUGUAUUGCUAUGGAGGAAGGAAUCAAUUACUCUCUUCACACAAUAACCAGGACUCACUUUCAUUGUGAGCCAAGGGCAUUUAGUAGUUGACGAAGAGUGGGAGUUUCUAAGGAAGCAUCUUCCUAUGCCCUUAUUGUCAGGUGCAGAAUGACAAAUGGAUGAUGCAGGGCUUCUUGGAUGAUAACGUUGUUACUUGGCUGGCCAUGGACCCAAAGCCAGGUACUUCUUCAGCAUUCUUGCUCACAAUGGCCACUAAAUGAAGAUGGGUUCAGCAGAAGUAGAUUGGGAAAGUGUAUCAUAGUUCUAUCUGGGUGGAAAUUUCUGGUGUCUCUCUCAGUGCAGGAUCUUGGCCAUUUGCAUCUAUAUCAAAUCACAUCAAAAAUGAAGCUGAAAGUGUUCCAUGUUAGUCCAAGUAACACUGCAUUCUGUUGUUAAGAAAAAAAAUAUCUAUAUACAAUUCCAAAAUUUUCCAUGUACUGUACUGGUGUAGGGACUCUCAAACAAUUUCUUUGUCCUAUAUUCAGCUGUUUUCAGGUUUCAUCUGUUCAAUGGAAAAGCCAGAAUACUAAAGUUGAGUAAGAAAGCAUUUUCUAAGACUCUUGCUUGACUGAGUUCAAAAUUAAAUCAUUUGUACAGUAUUUGUAACCUUAGUUUUAAAAACGGUGUAUUCUAAUUUUGAAGGAAAUUGUGUAGAUGAUUGAUAAAACUUUAUUAAAGGCUACUUAUACA